UUACUAAAGUAGUUUGAUUAUAACGAUUUUAGGUUGUUUCAAUUCGUUAACGAGUUCUUUACUGGGUUUCUCAUCCCAGUAAAAAUUUUUCCUACGCUUUGCUUAACUAUGUCCACCGCUGUAUUCGCGCAGAAAAAAGAUGUAUUAAACUUUUCCAUGGCCUUCAUCACUUUCUUAACGAUCUUCGUGUGGUAUACAAUCGGACAAAGAUUUACUACUUCGGCCGAUGGUAUUUCGGAAGCAAUUUACAACAUGAAUUGGUACGAUGCGGAUGUAUCAACACGAAAAGAUUUGUUGAUCAUACUCACAAUGAGUCAAAAAUCGCUUGUGAUGGAAACACGUUUAUUUGGGCAAAUAUCUCAAGUUGCAUUAGCUAAGGAUUUUAAGAGGAUCUACGUUUUUUAUAAAUGGAUAGUAACUCUUAGUACACAGAUGUAGAACAUUAAAAUUUGAGCACCUAAAUUGUGUUUUCAAUUAGAUUUAAAUGUUGCAUUAAAUUAUGAAAGUUGAAAAUAAAUUUAAUGAAAAAGACGUAGAGAUAGCUACAUUAAAUGAUGUUGUUAAAUGUUUCAAUGUGUUGAAGACAAAUUUUAACGUUUAAAUAAAUUGUUCUAAACGAUAAA